CACACACACACAGAGAGAGAGAGAGAGAGAGAGAGAGAGCUGUCUGGGUUCCUUUUCUCCCGGCCGGGCCUUCCCGAAGCGCGUCUAGGGACCCGCGGUCCGACGGCGGCCCGCGGAGGGGCAGGUGAGCUGGAUGGCGGCCCCGCCCCGCGCCGUGGAAGGUGGCGCCUCGCCUCCCCCCCUCCCCCCGGCCCUGUCCCCUCCCGGGGCUCGCCGGCGCCACCCGGACGCGGGACUCCCCGCCUCCUUCGCGCCCCCCCAGCGCCGUCCGCGCCGCCGCUCCAGUGGGAGACUGGGCCCCGAGGCCUCCCAGGGGCGGGGUCGGAGGGCGGCGACCCGGGGCGGCUCAGCUCCAGGUCCCCGCGCCUUUCCCGCGAUCCCCGAGCCCGGUUGCGUCCAAAGCCCAGGGCUCCUGCAGCCCCGCGAAGACGCCGGAGAGAGGGCGCCAAAGGCGACGCUCAGGCGGCCAGCUCCAGACCAAGCCCAGUGCUUCUGCAGAAACCAGCCUCCACCAGGCGAGAGAUGCGGACAGAACUGCUUGAAGAUCUUUAUUCGGGACCGACUCUACGCCAGGGCGCCGCCUAGAGGUCAACAGCCGCCUUGGCUCCUAGUGACCACAGAGAGCUGUUUUCACAGCCACUAGAAAUUGGGGAGGGUGUGGGGGGGGAUUCUCUCGGAUCUCAGGGUCACCAGCUUCUUCCAUUCCUAACUACUCAGACAUUUCCUCCUCCUCACAAUGAAUCCUAGGAAAGAUGAGCAGGGAAUGCCAAAAGUACCUGUUUUUGUAAUUCUCAGUAAACGGAAGGUGAUGUCAGCUUUACUUUC